AUGGCACUACAGGAAGAAACCUGCAAAAACCCAGAUAGACUUCAUGACGAGGGGGAGAAGAGUAACAUCAGAGAACAGCUGGAUCAACAUCAGUCUACAGCCAUGAUAGCAAAAUCUUUCACCUGUGACCAGUGUGAGAAGAGUUUCUGGAGUUCAGGGACUUUGAAGCGCCACAAACGUACCCACACUGGAGAAAAACCUUUCACCUGUGACCAGUGUGAGAAGAGCUUUAGCCGGUCAGGCCAUUUGAAGAUUCACCAGAGAACCCACACUGGAGAAAAGCCCAACUAUUGUGACCAGUGUGAGAAAGGUUUCAGGGACUCAUGCAGUAUGAAGCUCCACCAGCCUACCAACGACGGAGAGAAACCUGACGUCUGUGCUCACUGUGAGAAUAGUUUCAGAGAACCAGACCACUUGAAGAUCAGCAUACCGCACAUGGGAGAAAACCUUCACUAUUGCACUGAGACUGUUCAGAAAGAGUGA